UUCGGUAUUCCAUAAAAGAAAACAAAAAAGAACUCCGAUUGUGUAUACCUUCUAACUUCAAUCCCCGUGAUAUCGCCGAAGGGUUAACACUGUUCCUCACGUAAUUCCAAUUCAUGCUUCUCAAUUCUCUCUUCUUUAUUACAGAUCCAUAGUUCAAUUUCUCCCUCUUUUGCGCUGUUGUGUUCACAGCUCUCGGAACGCAUCAGCUCCAAUGACGGCAGAAACAAAGCGUGAAUUUGACACUUCAUCGGUGGCGGAAUCGCCGUCUCAAUCUCGGGUCUUGGAACCCGGUGAUCCGAGACGCCAUAGGCCGGAUGAUUGCAAACCGGAAUUGACCGGUUCGGUUUCCGGCGUUCGGUUCGAGGAAGCUCAGGUUAGGGCUAGUGAUAGUAAUGGUAUUGUUGUGUACAGGAGGAACAAGAGGCAGAAGACGGCAGAUUCAACAAACGGCAAUUCAAGUGGCAAAGUCGUAAAUAUGGAUGAAACGGAGGGUAAUUCAGGAAUUCACGUGUUAGACAGUGACGUCAUGGAGGUUGAAGUCAAGGAAGAGUCAAGGAUUAGGCGGUUCACUCGGUUAGCUUUGGAGCAGAAGAAGAUAGAGCAAAUUCCAAAUGGAAAAUCUGAAGGUGAAGUUGAGGAGAGAAGUUGUGGUGUAAACAUGUCGGGGAGGAAACUAGAAAUGAAAAUGUCCAAGAAAAUUUCGAUAACGGAAAGGCCUACAACGGUUAGGGAGCUGUUCGAGACUGGUUUACUGGAAGGCUAUCCUGUUUUUUACAAUGGUGGGAAGAAGGGAAUUCCACUCCGAGGAACAAUUAAAGAUACCGGAAUUCUUUGUUCCUGUGAUCUGUGCAAUGGAACUAGAGUUGUCCCUCCUAGCAAAUUUGAGAUCCAUGCAUGUAAUUCAUACAGACGUGCAUCAGAGUAUAUCUGUCUGGAAAAUGGCAAGAGCCUACUCGACGUGGUCAAAGAGUGUAAGAAAGGUUCCUUGAAGACAUUAGAAGAAACAAUUCAGAGUAUCAUUGGUCCAGUUCCUGUGAAGAAAAAUCUCAUUUGUCCGAAUUGCAAGGGGUCUUUUGUUGCAACGCUAGCUGGAAAAGAUGAACAACUUUGUGAUUCAUGCAUAAUUUCUCUAAGACCAGAAGCCACUCCAACAAAGUCGAUAAAUACUGAAAAUGGGUCGUGUGAGCCGGUUCUGAGCUUAAACUCCUCUGGAACUUCAAAUGUGUCACCUAUUUCGCAAAAAUGUACUAGAGGAAGAAAAAAGAGAAAGGCCAUGGUGAUGCAUUCAAGUAGAGUCUCUCCUUCAGUGCAUACUCUCUCCAGAAAGAAGAGGUUAAUGCAGCCAGCUGUGGCUCCGAAGUCGGCUGGAACUGCUACUGUAUGCAGUUCAUUCGGAAACAACAUGCAGGACAAUAUCUCAAAAAAAUUGUCAAAAUCAAUUGCAGUUUCGAAGUACUCAAAAAUUGCUCUGCCUGGUGUCUCAGUACACUCUAGGACCCAAUGGAAAAUGACAAAAAGGGAUCAAAAGAUGCAUAAAUUGGUUUUUGAUGAAGGUGGACUGCCUGAUGGGACUGAAGUAGCUUAUUAUUCUCGUGGAAAGAAAUUGCUUGUUGGUUAUAAGAAGGGAUCUGGUAUAUUCUGUUCUUGCUGCAAUAUUGAGGUUAGUCCAUCUCAGUUUGAAGCUCAUGCAGGUUGGGCAUCACGCAAGAAACCUUAUGGGUACAUUUACACGUCUAAUGGAGUAUCUCUACAUGAAUUUGCUAUAUCUCUAUUAAAAGGCCGCAAGUCUUCAGUUAAAGACAGUGAUGACUUGUGCAUCAUAUGCGCAGAUGGUGGAAAGCUUGUGCUUUGUGAUGGAUGUCCUAGGGCUUUCCAUAAAGUGUGUGCAUCAUUACCGGCUAUCCCUCGGGGUAAAUGGUACUGCAAGUAUUGUGAAAGCAUGUUACAGAGGGAGAAGUUUGUGGAGCGCAAUGAGAAUGCCUUAGCAGCCGGUAGGGUCUCUGGCACUGAUCCCAUAGAGCAAAUAACAAAACGUUGCAUUCGUAUUGUCAAGAACGCAGAAGAAGCAGAAUUUAUUGCAUGUGUUUUAUGCAGAGGUUAUGACUUUAGCAAGUCUGGUUUUGGUCCACGGACUGUCAUCCUAUGUGACCAGUGUGAGAAAGAAUAUCAUGUUGGCUGCUUAAAGAGAAGCAAGAUAGCAGAUUUAAAGGAAUUGCCUAAAGGAAAAUGGUUCUGUAGUAAGAAUUGCAACAAGAUCUACUCUGCACUGCAAAGUUUGCUCACCUCAGGAGAAGAGAGGUUGCCAGAUUCUUGCUUGGAUGCAAUAAGGGUGAAGGAAAAAGAAAACCGUUUGGCUGCUGUUGGUGAACUUGAUGUUAGAUGGAGACUUCUAAGUGGCAGAAUUUGCUCUCGUGAAACCAGAAGGCUACUGGCAGAAGCUGUUUCUAUCUUCCAUGAUUGUUUCGAUCCUAUUGUUGAUUCAGUAACUGGACGUGACUUCAUUCCAUCUAUGGUCUAUGGAAGGAACAUUAGGGGCCAAGACUUUGGAGGCAUGUAUUGCGCUAUAUUGACUGUAAACUCAACAGUAGUAUCAGCAGGGAUCCUCCGGAUUUUUGGCCAGGAUAGGGCAGAACUCCCUAUUGUGGCAACCCGUGUUGGUAGCCAAGGCAAGGGAUACUUUCAGCUGCUGUUCUCCUGCAUAGAAAAAUUGCUCUCGUUUUUGGGUGUGAGAAGCUUUGUACUCCCAGCUGCUGUUGAAGCUAUGUCAAUAUGGACUGAGAAAUUUGGAUUCCAGGAGUUAACACCAGAUCAGCUUGUCCGCUACCGAAGAACCUGUUGGCAAAUGAUUAGCUUUAAAGGCACAUCUAUGCUGGAAAAGUCGGUCUCUAGAUGUAGAAUCAUUCAGCAGCGGGAAGCUGAAAAUGAUGUUCCAGAUGAGUAGUUUGACACAGAUAUUAGUUUUAUCCCAUUUUGUAGAGCCAUUUUUUUUCAAUACAUGUACAUUAUAUAGGAGUAUCUUAUUUUAGCAGAGAGGGUGAGUAGUAACUUUUAUGAAUGAGCUGUAGCGGAUCAGAAUUGUGUAAAAAGGUUCUAUGACUGCGAGCGUAUUUUGAAUUCGAUUCUCUUUCCUUCCUCUUGGAAUUUAUGUAACUUUUUCCAAAACCUCAUAUUGGUGAUGAUUUAAUAGAGUUCAAUUCAGUAA